GGCCGACUUUGAGGUCUGGCUGCCAGCCCCCUUCGGCGGGGGAACCCCGAGGCCCGACUGCCCGCUCCCUCCCGCAUGGGGGCCCCGAGGUCCGGCUGCCCGCCCUCUCUGGCUUGGGGACCCCGAGAUUUAAGGACCACAGUACAACUAUGGAUAGUGAACCAAAUCCUGGAGCAUCUUCUGUGUCAACAACAGCCAGUAGCACUACCACCACCACCAUCACCACAUCCUCCUCGCGAAUGCAGCAGCCACAGAUUUCUGUGUACAGUGGUUCAGACCGACAUGCUGUACAGGUCAUUCAACAGGCAUUGCAUCGCCCCCCCAGUUCAGCUGCUCAGUACCUGCAGCAGAUGUAUGCGGCUCAGCAACAGCACUUGAUGCUACACACUGCAGCCCUUCAGCAGCAGCAUCUGAGCAGCUCCCAGCUCCAGAGCCUUGCUGCUGUGCAGGCAAGUUUGUCCAGUGGAAGACCACCUACAUCCCCUACAGGAAGUGUCACACAACAGUCAAGUAUGUCCCAGACAUCUAUCAACCUCUCCACUUCUCCUACUCCUGCACAGUUAAUAAGCCGUUCCCAGGCUUCCAGUUCUACCAGCGGCAGUAUUACCCAACAGACUAUGUUACUAGGGAGUACCUCUCCUACCCUAACUGCAAGCCAAGCUCAAAUGUAUCUCCGAGCUCAAAUGCUGAUUUUCACACCCGCUACCACUGUGGCUGCUGUACAGUCUGACAUUCCUGUUGUCUCGUCGUCAUCGUCAUCUUCCUGUCAGUCUACAGCUACUCAGGUUCAAAAUUUAACAUUACGCAGCCAGAAGUUGGGUGUAUUGUCUAGCUCACAGAAUGGUCCACCGAAAAGCACUAGUCAAACUCAAUCAUUGACAAUUUGUCAUAACAAAACAACAGUGACCAGUUCUAAAAUCAGCCAACGAGAUCCUUCUCCAGAAAGUAACAAGAAAGGAGAAAGUUCAAGUCUGGAAUCACGAAGCACAGCUGUCACUCGGACAUCAAGUAUUCACCAGCUAAUAGCGCCAGCUUCAUAUUCUCCAAUUCAGCCUCAUUCUCUAAUAAAACAUCAACAGAUUCCUCUUCAUUCACCACCUCCCAAGGUUUCCCAUCAUCAGCUGAUAUUGCAACAGCAACAGCAGCAAAUUCAGCCAAUCACCCUUCAGAAUCCAACUCAAGAUCCACCCCCAUCCCAGCACUGUAUACCACUCCCAAACCACGGCCUUCCUCCAGCUUCCAGUAAUACCCAGUCACAACAUUGUUCACCAAUUCAGAGCCACCCCCCUCCUUUAAAUGUAUCUCCCAAUCAGUCACAGUCAGCCCAGCAGUCUGUAGUGGUGUCUCCUCCACCACCUCAUUCACCGAGUCAGUCUCCUACUAUAAUUAUCCAUCCACAAGCACUUAUGCAGCCACACCCUCUUGUGUCAUCAGCUCUUCAGCCAGGGCCAAAUUUGCAGCAGUCCACUACUAAUCAGGUGCCACCAACAACACAGCUGAAUCUUCCAUCCCAUCUUCCACUUUCAGCUUCCCCUGUUGUACACAUUGGUCCAGUUCAGCAGUCUGCCUUGGUGUCCCCUGGUCAGCAGAUUGUGUCUCCAGCAUCACACCAGCAAUAUUCAGCCCUUCAGUCCUCUCCAAUUCCAAUUGCAACCCCACCACAGAUGUCAGCAUCUCCUCCAGCUCAGAUUCCACCACUGCCCUUGCAGUCUAUGCAAUCUUUACAAGUGCAGCCUGAAAUUCUGUCCCAGGGCCAGGUUUUGGUGCAGAAUGCUUUGGUGUCAGAAGAGGAACUUCCGGCUGCAGAGGCUUUGGUCCAGUUGCCAUUUCAGACUCUUCCUCCUCCCCAGACUGUUGCGGUAAAUCUACAAGUACAACCACCAGCACCUGUUGAUCCACCAGUGGGAAUGCAUUUGAACCAGUGUCAUCUGCACAAAGUUUUUUCUCUUAAGGUUUACCAGGUUGAAGACAUGUGUGAAGAAGAAAUGCCUGAAGAAUCGGAUGAAUGUGUCCGCAUGGACAGAACCCCACCACCACCCACUUUGUCUCCAGCAGCUAUAACUGUGGGAAGAGGGGAGGAUUUGACUUCGGAACAUCCUUUGUUGGAGCAAGUGGAAUUACCUGCUGUGGCAUCAGUCAGUGCCUCAGUAAUUAAAUCUCCAUCGGAUCCCUCCCAUGUUUCUGUUCCUCCACCUCCACUCUUACUUCCAGCGGCCGCCACCAGGGCUAAUAGUACAUCGAUGCCAAGCAGCCUCCCCAGCAUAGAAAACAAGCCUCCACAGGCUAUCGUGAAACCACAGAUCUUGACCCAUGUUAUUGAAGGCUUUGUGAUUCAGGAGGGGUUGGAGCCAUUCCCUGUGAGUCGUUCAUCUUUACUAAUAGAACAACCUGUGAAAAAACGACCUCUUUUGGAUAAUCAGGUGGUGAAUUCUGUGUGUGUUCAGCAAGAGCUACAGAACAAUACAAAGCAUGCAGAUAAUUCAUCUGACACAGAGAUGGAAGAUAUGAUGGCUGAAGAGACAUUAGAAGAAAUGGACAGUGAGCUGCUCAAGUGUGAAUUCUGUGGGAAAAUGGGAUAUGCUAAUGAAUUUUUGAGGUCAAAAAGAUUCUGUACUAUGUCAUGUGCCAAAAGGUACAAUGUUAGCUGUUCUAAAAAAUUUGCCCUUAGUCGUUGGAAUCGUAAGCCUGAUAAUCAGAGUCUUGGGCAUCGUGGCCGCCGUCCAAGUGGCCCCGAAGGGACAGCAAGAGAACAUAUCCUUAGGCAGCUUCCAAUUACUUAUCCAUCUGCAGAAGAAGACUUGGCUACUCAUGAAGAUUCUGUGCCAUCUGCUAUGACAACUCGUCUGCGCAGGCAGAGUGAGCGGGAAAGAGAGCGUGAGCUUCGGGAUGUAAGAAUUAGGAAAAUGCCCGACAAUAGUGACUUGUUACCAGUUGCACAGACCGAGCCCUCUAUAUGGACAGUUGAUGAUGUCUGGGCUUUCAUCCAUUCUUUGCCGGGCUGCCAGGAUAUUGCAGAUGAGUUCAGAGCACAAGAGAUUGAUGGACAGGCCCUUCUUUUGCUCAAAGAAGACCAUCUCAUGAGUGCAAUGAAUAUUAAGCUGGGCCCUGCCCUGAAGAUCUGCGCACGCAUCAACUCUUUGAAGGAAUCUUAACAGAAUAUGAAGCUUUGAUAUAACACCAGUUUGAUUGUUCUUACUCAGACUUGUAAGGUAAAGGCUUUCAUUGGCCUAGAAUAAUACAAUUACAAUGGAACGCCAAACACAUUGGGAUCACUUCUACAGAUACAGCAAUCCAUUAUAAUUAGCCAACAUUGGUGAAAUUAAUUUUACAAGGUACAUGCAACAUUGAAAGACGUUACAGAUGGCCAUAUUUUUCAAAGAAACGUUAUACUAGCUAAUUUUUUAAAUGGGAUGUUCAUCAUUAAUAUAUAGAAUCCUUUAAAAAAUAAUUUAAUGAUUUACAUUUCUUCUCUUUUGAUUCAGUUUUCUUACACAUUUUUGUAUCCUAUUAAUUUUUUAAAGGUUGUCAUAGAGAUGUGGAAUAAUUUAGAAGUCCAAUGAUGCAAUUGCAUGUGAAGAAAUAAGACUACAUUCUGAGAGUCAGACCUUUUAGACAAAUGCUUUGUAAGAAAGAAUUGUGUUCUAGCAUAAGCAGUAUUGAUCUGGAGAUUAAAAGAGUGGUUUUUUCUCUUCAGAUUUGACCAACAGUUCGGCUUGUGUGAUAGUUAGCUUUCUUCUCAGUGUUUGUACAUGUACAGCAACAUUCUUAAUGGAAGUCACUUUUACUCUUUAGGAGACAUUGACAACAUCUAGACCCAUUUUGGUUGAGAGCUUGGGGUUGGUGGUUGGGAGAGUUGCCUGUGGAUACAUAGUAGUAGGGGCCAGAGUGGUUCCUAAAAGUCUACAAUGCCUAGAAUGUUCUUUCAUCAAGUACUGUCUGGUCUAAGUGUCAGUAGUGCCAAGACUGAGCAGGUCGGAGUGAUAAAUGUUGCUCUUUUUCACACAGAGAAACACUGCGGGCAUAGGGCAGGGCAUUAUAAUGAAUACAUGUACAAUGGAAGUAUUGUUCAGGCAGCAUUAAUGUUGUGCUAAAGUAUAUUUUUCCAGUUUGGUUAUGCAUAAUAGAAAAAGAAAAAUACCUAUGAAAUUGCUCAUUAGGGAAAGACAAAAUCAUUGGACUCAGCUAGUACCAAUUCAUGUUAAUACUUGUCAUAUCUCUGUGCUCCCCUGCUCUGUACUGUUAGCUGGUACCUCUCCUGGCAAGGGCUUGGAAGCAUGUUGACUCUAGCUAGAAGGCUCAUUCCUUUCCCUUAAUGAAUCCUUGCAUUCCUCCUGCAAAGCAUUUAUGAAUUGAUUAGAUUUGAGUGAUCAAAUCUAAUUUUAAAACUUAUAAAAAAGCAAAAGUUUUCACCAGUUAACUUCUACAGAAUUAUCGCACUAAAACAGAAUUUCCUGUGGGCACCUUGAGAGCCUAUGGUCCUGUUUAUUAAAACUUAUAAAGGUUUUGUUUAAUCACUUCCUCUGUCUUCACCACAUCUUUGAGGUAGUUUAAUAACUGAAUGAACAUGCACAGAGAUGUGGCCACAGUUCAGUAAGUGAAGGUAAAGAGAGUCCGUAAGUUUUACUUCCACCCCUCCUUUGAAAGAUUGUGUUGAGCUAGUAGAAAACUAAAGAUGUCACUAAAGACAUGACAGAUAUUUAUCUUUUGGCUUUGUGUACAUUAGAAAAUAUUGGUUAUUUUUAUACAAAAAUAUAGCGGGUAAUUUUUUUAAUCUCUAGAUGCCUCUUGUUUGAAUGUAUGCUUUGUGAGAUUCCUUAAGUAGUAGUUGUAAAUGAAGAUGAUUACUAAUAGUUAUGUAUAGAGUUAGAAUAUGUAAUGUAAGGCUCAUGUUCCAGACCUACAGUAGCGUGUAGUCCAUGAUAUGCAUUUCUUUGUAUCACAUUUUAAAGUUUCAAGGGUAGGGAGGCAGUCUACAAUCAGUUUUCAUUUAUUAAUGAAUAGUUAAUGGUUAAUGAUCAUGACAGUUGUCAUAUGCUUUUUCCCCUCCCCUUGCAAUUUCAGAGCAUAAAGAUAUACUAAGCAGUAUAUACUAAGCAGUAAGAAGAAAUUUCCUAGCCCAUGAGAGGGAAGCA